AUGCCUUCCACACCCGCGAAAGAGGGUGGAAGCACUCCAGAUGCUAUUGUCCCCUCGUCGAUUAUUGCUUGCGCAGAAGCUGCGAUCAUCGGAAACUUCGAGGACGACGAACCAGAGGCGAUUUCGAGACAAGCUUCGAGGAUCCACAGGCCACACUUCUCCAGAUCCAACACAAAUGCCAGUACUCGAAGCGUUCGGACACAAAAAGGUGCAAAAUCCAACAACCUCCAGGUCCCGAAUAUAUUAUCAACAGAUGGCUCGACUGAGGCACCCCCUGCAUAUGGCGAGAAGCACGACCAGAUAGAGCUCAGUCAGGAUGGAUUCGAUACGAAGGCCAAAGUUACAGAAGAUGGUCGGAUCAACAUCAACAUCAACCAAAAGACAAGAAAGCUUUCGGACCUUCUCGUUCCAGCGUUGAGAAAUCAGCUGUCUUUGGUCGCACAAGAGAAAGAGCACCCACUUCCUCCCGGCUAUAUUCCACCUGCGCUUGGAGGAUUACCAGGUCAAACACCCCCUCCAAAGCUCAAUGUAGUAAUCCACGUUGUCGGAUCAAGAGGAGAUGUACAGCCAUUUGUGGCUUUGGGCAAAACUCUGAAGGCUACGUAUGGUCACCGUGUUCGACUUGCAACGCAUCCUACCUUCAAGCCUUUUGUUGAAGAGAAUGGACUGGAAUUUUUCAGCAUUGGAGGAGAUCCUUCCGAGCUCAUGGCUUUUAUGGUAAAGAAUCCGGGCCUGAUGCCAGGAUUUGACUCUCUGAAAAGUGGCGACGUUGGCAAGCGGAGGAAAGGGAUGGAAGAAAUUGUUUUGGGUUGCUGGAGAUCCUGUAUUGAGGCUGGUGACGGGCUUGGAGCUCCACCAAGCACUUCAAGUACUGAUGAGCUAGGAUUUGACGCCGGCAUCAGUAUGGACACUAAUCCCGCCGAUCGACCAUUCAUCGCAGAUGCAAUUAUUGCCAACCCACCCAGCUUUGCGCACAUACACAUUGCAGAGAAAAUGGGAAUUCCACUUCACAUGAUGUUCACAAUGCCCUGGUCGCCCACACAACAGUUUCCUCAUCCCCUUGCCAAUAUUCAAUCCUCUAAUGCCGAUGUAAACAUGACAAAUUUUGUCUCGUAUGCUUUAGUAGAAAUGAUGACAUGGCAAGGGCUUGGAGAUGUUAUCAACCGCUUCCGUGAACGAGCUCUAGGUUUAGAGCCUAUCUCUCUGAUCUGGGCUCCUGGAAUGUUGAGCCGCCUUCGUGUGCCAUACACGUAUUGCUGGUCCCCAGCCCUUAUUCCUAAGCCCAAGGAUUGGGGUCAACAUAUCUCCAUAUCUGGAUUCUAUUUCUUGUCAUUAGCUUCGUCGUAUACGCCAGAUCCAGAACUUGCUGCAUACCUUACUGCUGGACCACCACCAGUCUAUAUUGGCUUUGGCUCCAUUGUUGUGGAUGACCCAGAUGCAAUGACUAAGCUCAUAUUUGAGGCAAUCAAGAAAGCUGGCGUCAGGGCUCUUGUAUCCAAGGGCUGGGGAGGUCUAGGAGCUGAUGACUUAGGAAUACCUGAAGGUGUUUUCAUGCUCGGAAAUGUUCCCCACGAUUGGCUAUUUCAACACGUAACGGCUGUAGUACAUCAUGGUGGCGCCGGGACUACUGCUGCGGGCAUUGCCACUGGUAAGCCAACAGUUGUGGUGCCCUUCUUUGGUGAUCAACCAUUUUGGGGAGCCAUGGUUGCACGAGCCGGAGCCGGUCCAGUUCCUAUUCCAUACAAGCAGCUUACAGCCGAUAAAUUGGCUGCUGCCCUCACUGAAGCUCUCAAACCAGAGACCUUGGAGAGAGCCCAAGAACUUGGGUCCAAAAUCAAGGAAGAGAAGGGCGAUGAGACUGGUGCCAAGAGCUUUCACGAUAUGCUUGAUGUUGACCACCUAAGGUGCUCUCUUGCUCCUAGCAGAGUAGCUGUCUGGCGUGUGAAGCGAACACAAACCCGCCUUAGUGCGUUGGCUGCUCAUGUCCUUUCUAGCGAGGGUCUCCUGGACUUUGGUGACCUCAAAUUAUACCGCCCACGAGAGUAUGAGACUGAGGAAGGACCGUGGGAUCCAAUUUCAGGAGGUGCAUCAGCAUUACUUGGUACCAUUGCCAGCCUCGGCAUGGGCGUUGCAGAUUUUCCAAUCGAGAUAUUCAGAGCGGUCAAAAAAACAAACACCAAGCGGGCCGAGACGAUGAGUGCAACCAGUACAAAGUCAGCAGAGAAGCCUAGCUCCAGUGAAGAUACACCGGUGGCUUCUAAUUCGGCCUCUGCAUCGACUUCUCGAACGGAUCUAAGCCUUGAGAAAACCGUCAGCGAUACAGAUUCAUCAUCACGCCAUGGGUCUAUAUCUGCUACUACCCCAAAGACGUCUUACGAUACGGGACGAUCCUCUACCGAGACACCUGUCGCCGACACUCCCGCGUCCAGCACGACAUCGGCGCGUGGGAAUUCAUUGAAGCAAGCUCUUAGCGGUACCCUCUGUAGAUCUGGUUCUAGAUCAUCCUCAAGAGAUCGUGGCUCGUUGUCACGUUCUAACUCAAAGGAUCGCCGGCCAGGAUCCCGUAGUAGUUCACCAUUUGGCCAUCGACGCAGACAAACAGAAGAGUUCGAUCCAACUAAGCUGACAAUUGAAAACGCAACUCGAGCUGGAAAGGGUAUUUCUCGUAUCGUUGGAGCUGGUCUGAAGUCGCCCAUGGACUUCACGCUGGGUAUUGCACGUGGUUUUCACAAUGCACCAAAGCUGUACGGAGACGAUACUGUUCGCCCCCAAGAGAAAGUCACGGACUUUCAAAGUGGCCUCAAAGCUGCAGGCAAGGAAUUUGGGUAUGGCAUGUUUGAUGGUAUCACUGGGCUUGUCACACAGCCUCUUCGGGGUGCGGAGAAGGAAGGAGCCGCAGGUCUCAUCAAAGGUAUUGGGAAAGGUAUUGGAGGAUUGGUUCUGAAACCUGGUGCUGCUAUUUGGGGAAUUCCUGGAUACACAUUCAUGGGCAUUCACAAAGAAGUCAGAAAAUUAUUCGGAUCCAGUGUCUUGAAUUACAUGAUAUCCGCAAGAACCGCACAGGGAUUCGAGGACGCCCAAUCCGCCACGCCCGAAGAAGUGGUUGAUAUCUUGACUCGAUGGCGCGAGCACAAGGACGAGUACCAGAAUGAGAAAAUGAAAGUCCAAGAGACUGCUCCUGAAGGUCAAGAGUCAGGCCGCCUUACUCCCAAAGGAUUCAUGCAGACGAGACAUCUGUCUUUUGAUGAAAGAAAGAAGCUUCACGAAGAGCGUAAGGCGCGGCGUGAAGCAGAGCGCAAGAAGAGCGAAGGAGAGUCUGGCCAUCGAAAUUGUCCUUUUUGCCGACGUGACACUGCUCACAGCCAUAAGCCCCGUGCAGUACAGACGACGCCUAUGGUUCGACCCUCAGAGGAGGACCAAAACGCUGAGUUCGAGCAUGCAAUCCAUGCUUCAGUAGCUGCAACAUCUCGCGGAAACAUCGAAGAAGAUGAGAUGAUUGAACGGGCCAUCCGCGCCAGUAUUCGCGAGCUUCAGAGCGCAGAAGGGUCGACCCUUACUGACCAAGAGGCACUCGAACGAGCCAUCCACGCCAGUAUCAUGUCUUCUGAAAGGCACGCCACUGACUCAGAGACAGCCGCACAUUCUAACCAGCCGAUGACAAUGACGGGCGAAGAAGCUGAGCACCAGGCUGCCUUGGAGAAGGCCAUCCAAGCCAGUCUAGCUCAGUACAAGCUCUCCCAGGAACCCGCAGCUGUUCAUGAAAUUGACACGGAUGACGAUGAAAAUGUCAAGCUGGCUAUUCAGAUGUCCAAAGACGUACCACCGAUUCCGAGCGACGAAGAUAGUACAUUGAAAUUAGCAUUGCAGCAAAGCCACGAGGAUUCUGCCAAAGCCAAGGCAAAGACUGAGGAAGAGACCGUGAUAGAGUAUGUAAAGAAACAAAGUCUCUUAGAGGAGCAACACAGGAACGCCAGGAGAGGGAAUCAGAAGGAAGUCCCUCCAAUACCGGUCGAGGAUGAUGAGCCGAUGAGCAAGGCGGAUGAAGAAGCUUUGCGAAAAGCGAUCGAAGAGAGUAUGAAGAGUGCUGGGGAUGGGCAGGCAUCCGGAGUGGCCAUCUGAAGGGUUCGAACCGGAGCCGGAUAAGAAGCGGGCUUUCCUGUAGAUUUGGUUGUGGUAUACCCAAGCGUUAUGAUCAUGGUAGAUAGAAACAAAGAACGUGAUGACACCA